AUGUCUCCUUCCCACAAAAAACAAAAGGUAGAAUCGCCAGAUCAAGCCUCCUCCGAGGUGGAGUCUGUUCAGAGUCCAGUGGGCCGUCAUGCCACUACCGCUGCUUCUGCCCAAUCCCUCGAAAAUGGGCCUAACAACACCUUCACCAACAAGCCCUUUUCACAAACAUACUUCAAGAUCCUUGAAACCCGUCGUAAUCUUCCAGUCCACGCUCAGCGUGAUGAGUUCCUCAAGAUCUUCCAAUCCACGCAAAUCAUGGUGUUUGUCGGUGAAACUGGUUCCGGUAAGACCACCCAGAUCCCUCAGUUCGUCCUUUACGACGACAUGCCACAACUUACUGGGCAUCAAGUGGCUUGUACCCAGCCUAGAAGAGUUGCUGCCAUGUCUGUGGCCAAGAGAGUCAGUGAGGAAAUGGACGUUGAGCUCGGACAAGAAGUCGGUUACAGCAUCAGAUUUGAAAACAAGACUUCUCCCAAGACCAUCCUCAAGUAUAUGACCGAUGGUAUGUUGCUUAGAGAAGCCAUGGAAGAUCAUGACUUGAAGAAGUACUCCUGUAUCAUCUUGGAUGAAGCGCACGAAAGAACGUUGGCCACCGAUAUUUUGAUGGGUUUGCUUAAGCAGGUCAGUUUGAGAAGACCAGACUUGAAAAUCAUUAUUAUGUCGGCAACUUUGGACGCGGAAAAGUUCCAGACCUACUUCAACGAUGCCCCACUUUUGGCUGUUCCAGGUAGAACCCAUCCUGUGGAAAUUUACUACACUCCAGAAUUCCAGCGUGACUACUUGGACGCUGCUAUAAGGACCGUUCUUCAGAUCCACGCCACUGAAGACGAGGGUGAUAUCUUGCUUUUCCUUACAGGUGAAGAAGAAAUUGAAGAUGCAUGCCGUAAGAUCUCGUUGGAAGGUGACGAGUUAAUUAGAGAGCAAGACUGUGGACCUAUCCAGGUUUAUCCACUUUAUGGUUCUCUUCCUCCCCACCAGCAGCAAAAGAUUUUCGACCCAGCCCCAGGCCCUCUCAGAGCCGGAGGACGUCCAGGUAGAAAGGUUAUUGUUUCCACCAACAUUGCUGAAACCUCGUUGACCAUCGAUGGUAUUGUCUACGUGGUUGAUCCCGGUUUCUCCAAGCAAAAGGUGUACAACCCAAGAAUCAGAGUGGAGUCGUUACUUGUCAGUCCAAUCUCCAAGGCAUCUGCCCAACAAAGAGCUGGUCGUGCUGGUAGAACCAGACCAGGUAAGUGUUUCAGACUUUACACCGAAGAAGCAUUCAAGAAGGAAUUAAUCGAGCAAAGUUACCCCGAAAUCUUGAGAAGUAACUUGGCUUCCACUGUGUUGGAGCUCAAGAAGCUUGGAAUUGACGACUUGGUCCAUUUCGAUUUCAUGGACCCCCCUGCACCAGAAACCAUGAUGAGAGCUUUGGAGGAAUUGAACUAUCUCAAGUGUUUGAGUGACGAAGGUGACCUUACUGCUCUUGGAAGAUUGGCGUCGCAAUUUCCUUUGGAUCCAAUGUUGGCUGUCAUGUUGAUCGAAUCGCCCAAAUUCCAAUGUUCUCAAGAGAUCUUGACCAUCGUGGCCUUACUUUCUGUGCCAAACGUUUUCGUCAGACCUGCUGCCGCUAGAAAGAGAGCUGACGAUGCCAAGAUGGCGUUUGCCCACCCCGAUGGAGACCACUUGACGCUUUUGAACGUCUACGAAGGGUUCCAAUCCGACGAUGCACACAGCCUUGGGGUCCAUCAAUGGUGCAGAGACAAUUUCCUCUCCUACAGAUCGCUCCAGUCUGCCCAGAACGUUCGUUCACAAUUGGGUAGAAUUAUGGAGAGAUAUGAGUUGGACUUGAACUCCGUCUCUUAUGAAGACCCCAACUAUUGGAUCAACAUCAGAAAGGCACUCACUGCUGGUUUCUUCAUGCAAGUGGCCAAGAAGAGAAGCGGCAAUAAGGGCUUCUUGACCGUCAAGGACAACCAGGACGUGUUGAUCCAUCCCUCGACGGUGAUGGCCAGCGAGAGCGAAUGGGUGAUCUACAACGAAUUUGUGUUGACCAGCAAGAACUACAUCAGAACUGUCACCACCAUCAAACCCGACUGGUUGGUGGAAUUGGCACCCAAGUACUAUGAUUUGAGUCACUUCAGCAAGGGAGACGUCAAGUUGUCGUUGGAGAGAGUGGUGGAGCGGGUGGAGACCAUGCAGAAGUUGGAGAAGAAGAAGAAGAAGAAGUCCAAGAAGGACGAGUAA